AUGGAAUUUCCAUCGUUCUUAACCGCCUUUGAAUCAUUAAUUGAGUCAAAGGUGGAAGACUCUGUUGAAAGACUUUACUUCCUGGGUCAAUACAUCACCGGAAGGGCCAAGGAAGUAAUARGAGGUUGCCUGCAGAGGAAAACCGACGAUGCCUACGAUGAAGCUAAGAAUCUCUUACAGCGACAUUUUGGUGAUCCCUUCAAAAUUACUAGCGCGCACAUUAACAGGCUGUCAUCCUGGCCGCAGAUCAAGCCGAACGAAGGCCUCGCCCUUCAAGAUUUUGCGCUUGCCCUAGAACAAGCGAAAUCGGCCAUGAAGGGAAUGUCGCACAUGGACGAUCUCAACACUGCGCAAGUACUACGCCAAUUGUGGGAAAAGCUACCGCGUCAUCUGCGCAGCAAGUGGGCCGAAAGGAACAGUAAAACUAGAAGUAUGAAGGGAAGAAUGGCCGACUUUAAAGAAUUUUCUCAAUUUGUGCGCGAGCAAGCAGAGUUAGCCACUGACCCAGUGUUCUCAGAGGAAGGUGUAACCAACCUGUCUCUUGAAGAGAAAGACAAACCUUCUCGCCCGACGUUCGGAAGAAGACCUCCUAAGAGAGUAAAGGGUUCAMGUUUUGCGACGGAUCUGACGGAGAGAAAGAAGUACGUUUCUUGCGCCCUUUGCGACAAGCAUCAUGACUGGAACGACUGUGAACAAUUCUUGAAAAAACUUCUUAGCGAUCGACGUGACUUUGUGAAGGAAAAGAAACUGUGUUAUGGUUGCUUUAGCAACCAACAUGUCGCAAAGAAUUGUAAAGAUAGAAUGUCAUGUAAAACGUGUAGCAAGAAGCACCCAACAUCUAUGCAUGAUGAUGAGUGGACAAGUAAGACAAAGAACCAAAGCGAAAAGAGCCAACCUAAAGAAACCCCUCGAGUUAGUAACAAACGUACGGAUGUCUGUAGCGUCACGGAAGCUGGAGAUAUACCCGUGAUACCGGUAUGGCUGUCUCAUGAGAACAAUCCGUCAAACAGAGUAAAGGUCUAUGCACUGCUGGACAAUGCCAGCGGUGGAACGUUUGUAAAGGAWGAGCUGGCACAGAAGCUGGGCAUAGAAGRAAGCGAGACUGAACCUUACACUGACAACAAUACAAGGAACGGAAACCGCGUCAUCGAAGGCGAUUAA